AUUUACGUCACCACCCGAUACUUCAGUAUACAGUGUGACGUUCAAUAAUCUCGCCGUUUCCACGGCGCGUUACUAAGGUAAAGGAGUCGCGCUUUGUUGUCGUGUUCCCUAAACGAACCAAUCCCUGCAGCCUUCAUUCGGCGCGAAUAGAGGAAGUUCUGAGAGAAUGGUGCGGAGAGUGUGACAGGCAGCAAGAACUCAGCAUGGCUGCUCUGCCGCAAAAUAAUCUCCAGAAGCAACUGGAACUCUUCUCUGCAAAGGGGACUGCCAACAAGCUUUCUCUUCAGAAACCUAAAUCCAGUGUUUUUACCUUUAAAAAGAAGUGGUCUCCAAACAGCUCAGUGUCGACUGGUAUUGUUCCAGUUCAGCAACAUGUUGUUUUAAAGGACAAUAAUGUAAAUGUCAAACACGGUGACAACCAAACAAACCUCACCGCAUUGCCUAAAGCUACAGAACGCAAUAAAAUAAAUGGGUUUUUCACUCCGGUCUACACAAAGUCUGCACAGUUUUCACAGGCAGUGGCAAUCAAGGACCAUGCACAUAGUAAUGAUUCUGCAAACAUGCACCCAAGAGCAGAGGAGGCUGCUUCCAAGAAAAUAGGGAUUGAUACUUCUUUCGAUUCUGUUACCAGCUUGGAGAAAUGGAAUGAUCUUGAUGAUUUUGACACAUCUGUGUCUCCUCCCAAGAGCCAUGCUGCAAAAACUGGAAAAACACCUAAAAAAUGCAAGAACACAUCUCCUGUUACUUUUUCUAAAAUUCAAAGUAUAAGCCCUAAAGGGCCAACCACUGAAAAGCAGGACUGUGCCAAGAAACCAUAUGAGAAUAAUGAGGUGGCUUCUGAGCCACAAAAAAACUUGCACGCUCAAACAACAGAAUCGGCGGACCAAUCAUUAUUAUGUCUUGCAUCUAUGGAACCUACAAGUUUAGGUAGUGUAGAGAGAGACAUGUGUAGGAACACUGAUUAUAUAGGAACUGAUGACCUAGAACACAAUCAAGAGACACUUUCACAGGCACUUAUUGAAGAAGAAGACUUUGAUCCUGAUUUUAUUCCCCCAUCCCCAUCAGAUGAAAGUCUGUCUUCUCCUCCAGUUUUAAGAGUUAUCAGUGCACAAAGAAAACACAAAGUCUCCUCUGUGACAGAUGUAAAUGACUGUGAGAAUACAACUGAUCACCUGCAGGACCAUGGUGUCUCAUCUUCACUUGACUCCAAAGUGCCUUCUCAACUUUUGAGUGUGAUGCUUGAAAUAUGUGACUUGGUUGACAAGAUUCCAAUAUCAGAGCUACAUGUGCUGUCUUGUGGGAUGGACCUUAAGAAGAAAAGAGACAUGCGGAAGCACCUCUUGUCAAAUGACUCUGUGUUUAUAUCAUCUCCUGCUGACAGCUCAACAGUAUCUUUGACUUCCUGUCAAUCAUUAUCCCAGAAUAGGGAAUUUAAUUUUGGUGCCUCCAAGGGUGCAGAGAAUCUCUCAGGAUCUUCUUUAAACAAAGUCUUUAAAUUUAAUAAAUUGGCUGCAGACAAGUUUAGCGCAAAGGGAAGUGAUACUACCGCUAAUCCUGCCCAGAAUUUCAAGGAGAAGAUGGAGAACAAAACCUCCUUAUCUUUUCAGGCAGGAGGAGAUUCAGUGAUGGAAAACUCCUUCAAUUUCCAGAGCAAUAUUCUCAGCCAAUUUAAUACUCCGCAAAAUGAGAAACCUGUUUCAUCUAGCACCUGCGCCAGACCCGUUUGUCAGCCCAUGGAUGACAUGGAUAACCCUGAUCUUGACUUUGAUAUUGAUAAUUUUGAUAUUGAGGACUUUGAUGAUGUUCAUUGCUUGGAUAGCCCUGCAGCAACUUCAGUUCCCAGCAGUCAUGCUCCACAGUAUCCAACAAUACGGGAGACACAGCUAGACUCCAGAAACAAAGAGCACUGUAAAAACACUGGUGAUAAUGCAUCAAAUCCAUCUGGGUUGUCAGACUCUCUACUGAAGCCACAGAUGGAGAACCCAGCCCAUGAACGAUUCAGAAGCUUUAACUUUCCUUUCUCCAAGGAAAUGAUGAAGAUUUUCCACAAGAAAUUUGGUUUGCAUCGGUUCAGGAACAACCAGCUAGAAGCCAUCAAUGCAUCCUUGUGUGGGGAAGACUCCUUCAUUCUUAUGCCAACAGGUGGUGGAAAAAGUCUGUGCUACCAACUCCCAGGCUGUGUAUCCCCAGGAGUUACAAUUGUCAUCUCUCCUCUCCGGUCUCUGAUUGUAGACCAGGUUCAAAAGCUCACCUCUUUGGAUAUUCCAGCUACAUAUCUCACUGGAGAUAAGACAGAUGCUGAAGCUGCUAGUAUUUAUUUGCAACUCUCUAAGAAAGAUCCCAUUAUAAAACUUCUCUAUGUCACUCCAGAAAAGGUCUGUGCAAGUACCAGGCUAAUAUCCACCAUGGAAAAUCUAUAUGAGCGUCAGUUACUGGCUCGAUUUGUCAUUGAUGAGGCUCACUGUGUCAGUCAGUGGGGCCAUGAUUUCCGGCCAGACUACAAGCGCCUAAAUAUGCUGCGCCAGAAGUUCCAGUCUGUACCUAUGAUGGCUCUCACAGCAACUGCAAACCCCCGUGUACAGAAGGACAUUCUUAAUCAACUAAAGAUGACCAAACCUCAAAUAUUUACAAUGAGCUUUAACCGAGACAACCUAAAAUAUGAAGUCCUUCCAAAAAGACCCAAGAGGGUAGCAUUGGACUGCGUUGAGUGGAUCAAGAAAUAUCAUCCAAAUAAUUCCGGAAUCAUUUAUUGUCUGUCUCGGCAUGAGUGUGAUACAGUGGCAGAUACUCUGCAGAAGGAGGGCCUCGCUGCUCUUGCAUAUCAUGCAGGACUUGCUGACUCCAACAGAGAUUAUGUACAGCAGAAGUGGAUAAACCAAGAUGGUUGCCAGGUAAUCUGUGCUACCAUUGCCUUUGGAAUGGGAAUAGAUAAGCCAGAUGUGAGGUAUGUCAUUCAUGCUACUCUGCCAAAGUCUGUGGAGGGAUAUUACCAGGAGUCGGGUAGAGCUGGCCGAGAUGGUGAGACCUCGCACUGCCUCCUAUUCUACAGCUACAAUGAUGUAACAAGAAUCCGUAGGCUUAUACAAAUGGAGAAAGAUGGAAACAUGCAUACGAAACAGACCCAUUUUAACAACCUAUACAGUAUGGUCCACUACUGUGAAAAUGUGGUGGAAUGUCGCAGGAUGCAGCUUCUGGCUUAUUUUGGUGAAAAUAACUUCAAUCCAAACUUCUGCAAAGAGCACACACGAGUUGCUUGUGAUAACUGCCUUGGGAAGAAGGACUACAAAUCCAGAGAUGCGACGGAUGAUGUGAGAAACAUUGUGAGAUUUGUGCAAGAUAAUUGCUCCUCAGUAUCGGGGCGUGGAAGGGGAAGAAGCAACAACAGUCGAUUGACCCUUAACAUGAUGGUAGAAAUAUUCCUAGGCACUAAGUCUGCAAAAGUCCAGGAUGGGUUAUUUGGGAAAGGAGCUGCUUAUACACGACACAAUGCAGAACGUCUCUUUCGGAAGUUAGUCCUGGACAGGAUAAUAGAUGAAGAGCUUUACAUUACUGCCAAUGAACAGGCUGUGGCGUACGUAAAAAUGGGAGAGCGGGCACAAGCUGUGCUAAAUGGAUUCUUAAAGGUUGAGUUCCAAGACACAGAUAAUGCCAGCAGCCUCAGAAAACAAAAGGCAUCAGUUGUUACCAACACUUCCCGAAGGGAAGAAAUGGUCACAAAGUGCCAAGCAGAGCUCUCAGAACUCUGCAAACGAUUGGGCAAAGUAUUUGGCGUUCAUUACUUCAAUAUCUUCAACACUGCCACAAUACGGAGAAUUGCAGAGUCACUAUCUGCUGAGCCUGAUGUUUUACUUCAGAUUGAUGGCGUUACAGAGGAUAAGUUGGAGAAAUAUGGUGCAGAACUAAUCGAAGUUUUACAGAAAUAUUCUGAAUGGACUCUUCCAGUGGAAGAGGUUUGCCAAAAAUCAGCUGGGCCUGCUAAUUUCUCUGCAAAGAAAUAUAAUACCGAUGAUGAUAAUGAGAGUUGCGAAACAUCCUCUUACUUCAACUCCAACAGCAAUAAAGGUACAAAACGGAAGAAUGCCCCAUCCUUUAGGAAGUCCAAAAAACGAAAGACUGGAGGAGAUGGUCCGCAGUCCCGUUCCAAGAAUGGGAAUAGUUCAUACGCUAGAAAUAAUUAUUCUGCCAAAACAUCUAGUAGCAACAUCGGUGGUUCAAGGACAGGAGCUGACAAAAGACCUGGGUUUAUGGCACCACCAAUGCCUCAGACCAACAGACACUUCCUUAAACCAUCCUACUCUCUGUUUUGACCCUCCAUGUUAUCUUGGACUGACAAAACUAUCUGUAUAUUAUGUAUAAUAUAGAAGUAUAUAUAUUUGUUGGAUUUCUGUUUUUUAAUCGGAAGAAUUUAUAGUUAUAAAUAAAUAAGCAGUAACUUGUU